UCAUGACAAGUAUGAAAAAUCCUAAGUUACUGUUAGUACUGUUUAUAUUUGCCUCCUGGAUCACGUUUACAGUUUUCCAACACUCCACAAAGGAAUCUCUUUCUAUAUGGACUACACUUAAGACGCCCAUCUCCCUCUAUCACUGGAAUUUUAUCAUGAAGCCUUCAUGUCCUGAAGUACUACUGCAUCCAGUAGUUUGAUCAGCAGAGACUGAGCUGAGAAUAAAGGGAAUCAUGGAGAAACUAGACCAGCUGAUCCCACCCAGACCUUUCACCUACGUGAACACCACCACCAGUGCUGCACACAGCAGAGACCCUCGAGAUGCCUACUGCAGGGGGGAUCAGCUAGACCUCCUUCUGGAGGGAAGGGGCCACUUGAGACACAGGAAGAUGUAUGGUGGGGAUUUCCUGAGGCGGAUGUCUUCCCCAGAUCUGAAGGCAGGUGCUUCAGGAAAGGCGACAGACUUCAACAAUGGCAUCUUGUCAGCUUCGCCCUGGGAAGGCCAGGUAUCUCCGUCGUCUCUUCUGCUCAUCCACCCCAGGGAAGGGGUGUCAGCUCUCUAGGCAAGGAACCAAGGCUAUGACAGGGCGAUCUUCACAGGCCAGUUUUCCAGGGGCACCUCCCAUGUCAAUACUGAUUGUGCCCUGGUUUUAAACUCAAGCACUGAGCUAUGUGCAUACCUGGAUAUGCAGGAGCAAGUAGCCUUCCACUGUGUGAGACCUCAGCACAUGCCCUGUGCUGCCCUCACUCACAUGCAUUCCAAAAACAAGGAUGUUUCUUAUCUCAGCAAACAAGAAUGGAGACUCUUCGAAAGCACUCCAUUUAAAUUUGAAGCAAUUACUGAAAAAACAGUUCAAAUGAAAAAGAAAUGUGAGUUUGGAAUGGCAUCCACAAUGCCGGGUGGACAUGUCUGGAAAGACACAUGGAAUCCUGUCUCUUGUAGUUUGGCUCCAACCAAAAUGAAAGAAUGCCUAAGAGGAAAUUUUAUAUCAAUGGGAGAUUCCACAAUCUGCCAGUGGAUGGAAUAUUUCAAAACCAGUAUCAGCACACUGAAGUCAAUGGAUCUGCCUGAGGCUGGAAAAUUUCAACACUAACUUGCUGUGGACUUGGAUGAGAAUAUCAACAUUCAGUGGCAAAAACAUGGUUAUCCCUUGAUUGGAUCAUUGGCCUAUUCAGUGAAAGAAAUUGAGUACAUUGCCAGAGUCAUUGAGACUGGAGGAGAUAAACACACCGUCAUUGUUAUUUCUCUGGGCCAGCAUUUCAUACCCUUCCCCACUGAUGUUUUUAUCUGAAAGGCCCUCAAUGUCCACCAAGCUGUUCAGCGUCAUCUUCUGAGAAGCCCAGACACUAUGGUUAUCAUCAAGGCAGAAAACAUCAGGGAGAUAAACACCGAUGUGGAAAGAUUUAGUGAUUUUCAUGGUUACAUCCAGUAUCUUGCCAUUAAGGACAUUUUUCAAGAUCUCUAUGUGGGCAUCAUUGAUGCCUGAUAUAACAAUUGCAUAUAGCAAAAUAGUGUCCACCCACCUCAAUCUGUAGUCAGAAAUCAAAUUAAUAUAUUGUUAAACUGUAUUUGCUAGCUAACAUCUCUGAAAUUUAUUCACUUAAUUAAAAACAUUUAUGAAGUAUUCGCUGUCCUGUCAGAUGCUGUAUUUGGCUCUGCACUCCCAAUCAGCAUGAAAUAAUCUACACUAUGGCUAAUCCAUAAACCACCAAUUCAACCAAAUCAGUUCUUUCUAAUUGGGCUUCUACUUAAGAGAAAAAAAAUUUUAAUGCUCAUGAAAGGGACCUACACUUCUUGAUAAGAGUCCUGCCACUCUUCACAAAUGGGAAGUCAAUACUUCUAAUGGCAAGAAUGUGGAGAAAUGGUUAAAAUUUCUGAUUCAUGGACAUUCAGUGCAAUAAAGUCAUAAAAUAUUUGGAGAAAGUCCCAUUUUCUUCUUUCUACCGUGAAAGACCAACUCAAGAUGAUUGCCAAGUGGCAAGAGAAGUCUUGUGAGGUAAUUCACCAUG